AUGGCACUCGUGUCGCAUCCGGCGACUGCGGCGGCAGUUGGCGCCGCGCCAAUGUACGCCGGUAGCGUCGGCGUACAGAAGGAGAAAAAACCGCAACCAACAGCACAUCAAGUGAUGCAAAUGCAACAACAACAAUUACCACAGGUGAGAGUGGAAUAGGA